AUGAGACUAUUGUUACUGUCGAUUGUUCUAUUAUCUAUCCUAAAAAUAUCGCAUGCUUCCGAUAAAGAUCCACAGAAGGAUCCACAAAAAAAGGAUGUUGAUCCUUUACACCAUGUAAAUGUUCAUUUAAGACUUGUGCAAAGGUUAUUUUCAAGGGACUCUACUCAAUUACCUGAUCAACCUCAGCCUGAGCCUAUUGGUGAACCUGAAUAUGAGGAAUAUGAGGAGGAAUCGGACGAUGAAGAACUUGCAAGAAGUAUACUCGAAGAAAAUGAGGAACGGAGCAAGGAAAUACAAAAAUGCAAGAUCCAAAGUCUUGACUUUUCAGAACAAGAUCUUGUAAUGAUGGUUAUAGAAGAAAUGGAAUCUAAAUCAGAUGAUGAAGGGGAAGAAGGAAGUGAUGAAGGUCAUCAUGAGCCAGAUCAACAGGAGAAAGAGGGAAAAAAGGAAGAAACAAAGAAACGAAAGAAAGUAGACGAUACUGAUGAUGAAGAACAAAAGGAAACCGAAAAAAAGAAGAAACCUAAACAUCAAGAUAAACCUGAGGGGGUACCCCAAAGACCUACACCGAAACCUAGAACUAAACCAGAUACCAAGCCGAAACCAUCACCAAUACCUAAGCCUAGAACUAAACCAGUUACGAUUGAAAAACCAUCACCUACACCCAAACCUAGAACUAAACCAGGUACGAUGGAAACCCCGUCACCUAAGGCUGUGCCACCUCCAAAACCUAAACGCACGAAAAAACCAUUAGCUCAAACUGCACCUGUGGGAUCUGAGGAAAAAGAAGAUAAGAAGGUUGAGGAUACUGAACCAAAACCUCAGGAACCUAUAACUGAAACAAAACCUGAACCAGAGCCACAACAACCGCAACCGAUAACUGAACCAAUAACUGAACCACAACCAAAGGAACCUGAACCUGAAGAACCUAAAGAACAAUCAAUGCCAGAAUCUGGACCUGAAGGACCUAAGGAGACAGAAGAUAAAGAUGCAACGGGACCAGAAGAGCCUAAGCAGACAGAGCCUGAACAUGAAAAACCAAAGGAACAAGAUGAUACUGAACCAAAACCUGAUACAGAGCAUGAACAUGAAAAACAUGACUCACAAGAAGAUAAAGAUACCAAGGAACGUCAGGAACAAGAGGAUUCUGAUAAGAAAGAUGAUUCUGUUCCAGAACCAGAACCAGAAGAACCCAAGGAUAUUGACCAUGUAGAUGUGGAUGAACCAGAACAAGAGGAACAAGAGGAUUCUGAUAAGAAAGAAGAUGAAACUGAGGAUAAACAUGAACCUCCAAAGGAACAAGAAGAUAUGGAGGCUGGGGAUACUGAACAAGAACCACAACCACAACCAGAAGGACAGGAGGAAACUGAACCUGAAGUAUCAAAGGAUACUGAACCAAAAUCAGAACCUAUACAAGAUCCUAUACCUGACACAAAACAUGAAGAUGAACAGGAACAAGAGGAUUCUGAUAAAGAAAAACCUGAUGCUGUCCCAGAAGAGCCUAAGGAUACUGACCAUAAACAAGAAUCAGAAGAAGACAAAGAUACCAAGGAACCAGAAGAGCCUACUCAACCUACUGAACCUGAACCUGAACCUCAACCUCAACAAGAGGUACAACCUGAGGAACCGACGAAACCUCAGCCCCAGGAGACUAAGGAUCCUGAUGAUAAGCAGGAAGAAGAAAAGAAGCCUGAUCCUGGGGAAGAAGAUCGAACUGAUUUGGAUAAAGAUGGACAAAUGAAAACACCUGAGAAAAUGAAACCAGAGGAUAUUGGGGGACCUGAAUUUCCAGAGCCAGUAGAUCAAUCCACGCCAAAUACUGUUAAACCCCCUAUAUUCGAUAAAGAUCGCAUAAAAACACCUAGAUUAGUCUUUUUGACUGAUGAUGAUGACGGCGAAGGAUCUGAACCUACUAAAAGAAGAAAGCCAUUCUUAAUCUAUGAUAGGCCUGGAAAAACUCCAAGAAGACCUAAGAAGAAAAAGAUUAAACAGCUUUUUGAGCAUGAUGAUGAUGGUGACGGUGAUGAUGAAGAUGAAGAUGAAGAUGAAGAAAGUGAUGAAGCUGAAGCUGAAAUUCAUACAAGUGGAACAAAAGAUAGAAAAGAUGACGGUGGAGAUAAAGAUGACGGAAGUGGAGGUUCAGGGGGUGCAGGCCCAACUCCUUCAACAGAUGAAAACAACCAGGCUGGUGGUAGUGGAAGUGGAGAGGCAAAACAUGAUGAUAAUGGGGAUUCAAAUACAGGAGGGUCCAAACAAUCAGACACGGGAAAUGGAGAUGAUAGUAAAGAUAAGGAUGAAAAACAGCAAGGUGAGGAUGAAAAAGAAAAAGAAAAGGAGAAAAAGGAAGUUGAGCAAAAACUUCCUGUAACUGAAACACCCAGUACACCAGCAAUAUCAAACCCAGUAACUAAAACACCUAAAACACCAAAAAAACGAAGACGACCAUCUAAGAUACCUAUUAAACAAACAAAAGUGAAACCAGCAUCAAGACCAUCAACGACGCCUGGUAAAGGACCAUUUAAAAAGCCAAUAGUAACACCUGGUGGACCAUCAAUAGUGAAACCAGUAUCAAGACCAUCAACUUCAAGGCCAUCAUCUACCACACCACCAACUACAACAUCCGGAAGACAACCUCCUAAAAGUGAUGAUCGAAGAUCAUCUCAACCACCAAGACCCCCGUUUGUUGUACCAUGGGCAACUAAAGAAAUACUCACUAAGGGUGCAACAAAAACGCCACAACAAGAACAAGGGACACAAUUCUCUACAGAGGAUAGAACAAGAGAACAAGGAAAAAGGGCAGGAGGUGAAACAAGGCCUGAUACAUCAAAAGGAGCAGUAGGUGAAGGAAGAUCUAGAAGAUCACAAAGGUUAUCAGCUAGAGGAACACAAAAUACUUCAUCUUCGGCAACAAGAGAAACUAGAGGAGCUAGAUCCGAGAGCACAUCGCGAAAUAGAAGGAAUAGCAAAUAA